GCAUCUCAGCAUGUUACACCAUUCGCUCCAAAUACAGGGAACACACUUGUUUGCCUUAGGUUGUGAUUUCUUGUUUUUAAACAGCAAGUUGUAUUUCCAGCUAUCAUUCAAUUAAUGGGGUGAUGCGUCGUAUAUUUCAAAAGUUUAGCAUCAGUUGGGUUUAAUGGGGCUGCUGGAUAAACUGUCGGGCUGGCUCGGCCUGAGGAAGAAGGAAGUCAAUGUUUUGUGUCUGGGACUGGACAACAGCGGCAAAACUACAAUCAUCAACCGGCUGAAACCAGCUAAUCAUUCGAAUCGUUUAGGCCCUUUCUCAGAGGAGUGGAAACAUGUUAGUCAGACACCGGGACAAGAAAUAGUCCCAACAAUUGGCUUCAACAUUGAAAAGUUCAAGAGUUCAAGCCUUUCCUUCACAGUAUUCGACAUGUCUGGCCAAAGCAGAUACAGAAACCUGUGGGAGCACUAUUACAAAGAAAGCCACGCCAUCAUAUUUGUCAUCGACAGCAAUGACAAACUUAGAAUGGUUGUUGCCAAAGAGGAGCUCGACAAUCUUCUCAACCAUGGAGAUAUUUGCAAUAAAAAGCUGCCCGUGUUGUUCUUUGCAAACAAGAUGGAUCUACGUGAUGCCAUGUCGUCUGUCAAGGUCUCCCAGAUGUUGUGUUUGGAGAAUAUCAAAGACAAACCUUGGAACAUCUGUGCUAGCAAUGCUAUCGAGGGAGAAGGCCUGCAGGAAGGGAUGGACUGGCUCCAAGAACAAAUCGCACAGUCAUAUCAAAACAACGACCAGUUGAAUGAGUGAAAUGCAAAUGGAGAUGGACAGUUGGACGCUCAAACUUCAUUGAGAAAGCUUUGUGUCGUAGGGUACACAGUAGGUAUUUUCAAUGCAUGCCAAGAUAUAUUUUUGCAAAUACUGUAGUAUUACAGUAUUUGUACGAAACGAUUUUGUUACCCGUUAGGCUUAUAGAUAGAUAGAUAGAUAGAUAGAUAGAUAGAUAGAUAGAUAGAUAGAUAGAUAGAUAGAUAGAUAGAUAGAUAGAUAGAUAGAUAGAUAGAUAGAUAGAUAGAUAGAUGUUUUCAAAUGCUAACAUGUUACAAUAUUAUCAUUGGUAUGAAAUAAAAAUAGUCUUUUGACACCAAGGACUGAAAUACAGUUUGAAUGACAUUUUGAUCUGCAUGCAACAAUAUCAGUACCAUCCUAGUAUUUAUGAAAAAGUUUUUUUCAUGCAUUUAUACACAUUUUUCUAUCAACAAUGUUUUAUGAUGGAGGACAAUAA